AGCAGCUAACUGAUCUCCCAGUCUCCCAGCCUGCAGACACCCGUGUGGGACUGUGCAGCCUCUAACAGGGAAGAUAAGCUCCGGGGACACUGCUUGCCUCGCCGCCGCUGCGCUGGGGACCCUGGGGACCUCUCUGGAGGAGCUAGGCGCGCGCCCAGGCUUGUGUCUAUGUGACAUUCUGCAGGACUGGGAUGCCAGUAGACUUUGAGGACUGAUAACAACAUUCCUCCAAAGGCUUAAUCUCUCAAACAAGCCCACGACUGAGGAUCACCUUUGACCGAUAGAGAGAGAAAAGCAAGAGUGGGGCAUCAAACCAGACGUCUGUAGAAAACCCCCUAGCGUAUGUGCCACAAGGCGUGGGCAGUCCGGACAGGCUGAAGGGUGGAAUGGAGCAAGAGCUCAGCAACCUCCAAGGUGACAGACACUGCCCUGAUCUUAGAUGGUGUGUGUCCUUCACGGCCUUUAGCUGGGAGGGCACAAAGAUCGGGACAUGUGCACGUGGGAUUCAGCUCUGCAGAAGGUUCAGCUGAUCCCAGGAUGGUCCCACCCAAACUGCACAUGCUCUUCUGCCUCUGUGGCUGCCUGGCAUUGGUCCACCCUUUUAACUGGCAUGACAUAGAGCCUCUCACCUAUAUCCAGCCAUCAGCAUGGAUCCAAACAAUACAAUGGCUCCUGUCCACUGCCAGCUUUGGCCACAUGAAAAUCCCCAAGGGAAGUGGUCCUUACUCCGUGGGUUGUACAGACCUGAUGUCUGGUUACACUAACCAGAGCAUUUUCUUACGUUUGUAUUAUCCGUCGCAAGAUAAAGAUGGCCCUGAUACCUUUUGGAUACCAAAUAAAGAAUAUUUUGAGGGUCUUAGUAGAGUCCUUGGAUCACCCAGUUUCGUGGGCAAAGUUUUCAACUUAUUAUAUGGCUCAAAGACUGUCCCUGCAAAGUGGAAUUCUCCUCUGAGAACUGGUGAAAAAUACCCAUUAAUUAUUUUUUCUCAUGGUCUUGGAGCAUUCAGGACAAUUUAUUCUGCUAUUGGCAUGGACUUGGCGUCUAAUGGGUUCAUAGUCGCUGCUGUAGAACACAGAGACGAAUCUGCCUCUGCUACUUACUACUUCCAGGACCAGUCUGCGGCAGAAUCGAGCAACAAGUCUUGGCUCUACUUCAGAUCUGCAAAAGCAGAGUCAGAGACGCUGCGAAAAGAGCAGGUUCGGCACCGAGGAAAGGAGUGUUCCCAGGCUCUCAGUUUGCUUCUCGACAUUGACGAGGGAAAGCCGGUGAAGAACGUGUUGGAUUUGCAGAUUGACUUGCAGCAACUGAAAGGCUCUCUUGCUAGGAAUAAAAUAGCAAUCAUUGGGCAUUCUUUUGGUGGAUCAACAGCUAUCCAGGUGCUAAGUGAAGACCAGCGAUUCAGGUGCGGCAUUGCUCUGGAUCCAUGGAUGUUUCCAGUGGGGGAGGAGGUCUAUUCCAAAAUCCCUCAGCCCCUCUUUUUUAUCAACUCUGAACGGUUUCAAAGUGCCGGUGACAUUGUGAAACUGAAAAAAUUCUUCCAACCUCACAAAGAAAGAAAAAUGAUCGCAAUCAGGGGUUCAGUCCAUUACAAUUUUGUCGACUUCACUUUUGCCACUGGCAAAAUAAUUGGACAUAUGUUAUCACUGAAAGGAGACGUAGACUCGAAGGUGGCUAUGGACCUCAUCAACAAAGCUUCAUUAGCUUUCUUACAGAAGUAUUUAGGACUUCAUAAAAACUUUGACCAGUGGAACUCUCUGAUGGACGGAGACAAUGAGAAUCUUAUUCCACAGGUCCCAUUUGACACAGUCACCCUAUCUCCUACUCUGCAGCAGAGCUUGACAGGAACAGAGAAUGCGACUCUUGAUUAAAGGCAGUUCUUAAAAAGUUUCAUUUAAAAACCAUCCAGAAGAGAGAGGAUGCAUGUAAAGAAAGCGUGCAUUAAAAAAUACCAACCUAGGUUGUCGUUUUAUUAAAAUAAGCCUUUCUUAUUAUAACAGUUUAAAACUGCUUUUACAAGACUUUGAUAUUGUAAUAUUAAUGUGUACUAAGAAAUGUGUAUUAAAUGGGCCAGAUGGUAAUGAAAGUAUCUCGAUGGCAUAAGGUUCCCUAACACACAGUAAAAAUAGACAUUUACUGAACAGAGGUACCAUUGGUAUCAGAGUUACAGGCUGGGGACCCUGGCCUGUGAAGGAUAACAAAGGAAACAUUUAGAAUUAUACUUUUCUUCAUUUUCCCAACUAAUUUUAAUAGAUUUAAAAUUCUAUAUGUAGCAGUGGUGUAACAGUUAGCUGGUGGUUAAACAAUACCUUAAAUGUAGAAACACUUAUGAAUCUGGCAAUCAGGGGAAAUGUUUACCUUUCCCAUGAUGUUCACUAGUUAAUAUAUAAUUCUGAUCUAAGUUUGAUAUGGCUCCUACAAAUUUUCCAGAACUAAGUAUAAUGUAGCCCAUGUCAACAGGGCCAUCCACGCUUACCAAGCAAGCCUGGCCGAUGGACCAGUCUCUAGCUCCUUUGCCUGGUUGCUAAGCAAUGGUGUGUCCCGAUUUAGCACUUCAAGCCUAGUUUAAUGGCUAAAGGUGAAAACUCACUCAUUCUGAGAAAUCUGACUUCUCCUCACCUGUUGCCAUUCAGAAUAAAGUUGUCUAAAUGCAGAAUCUGACCCUUAGUUUGAAACUGACAGUUUUCUACAAUCUGGCUGCUGCAGCACACGCCCUUCCAUUUUUUUCUC